AUGGAGACUUCAAUGGAGACAAGAAUUGUAUCCUUGGCAGAGAUCAAGCAGCACAAUACUGCUGGCGAUUGUUGGAUUGCUGUUCAUUCCAAAGUUUGGGAUAUUACACAUUUCAUUAAUCAGCAUCCAGGUGGCCCAGAUGUCUUAUUGAACUCAGCUGGCUCCGAUGCCACAGAUAUCUACAACGGCGUUCACGCGCCCGACAUUAUCGAAGAUCUACCCACUGAGAAAUUGAUUGGAUUUCUCGAAUCCUCUGCCUCAACUCUCCAAACAGAAUCCAAGAUACUCGAGAUUGAUCCCGUGCCACCCCCAACAUCACCAACGCAGUCAAACGAAUUCCCAACAACACAAAAGACAAAAACAAUCCCUCCUCUCGACUCAAUUCUCAGUGCCAGGGACUUUGAAGAGGCAGCCAGAGAUAAUCUGUCUGCUAAAACAUGGGCUUUCUACUCUUCGGCCGCCACAGAUCUCAUCACCCAUGGCAAGAACAAAGAAUUGGUCCGGAGACUCAUGAUUAGGCCCCGAAUCCUGAGGAACGUCUCGAACAUCGACUUCAAGACAAGCAUCCUCGGCCUCGAUAGCAACGCGCCUUUCUUCAUAUCUCCUGCUGCCAUGGCUCGGCUUGCACACCCUGACGGGGAACUGGCACUAAGCCGUGCUGCUGCCAACGAGGGUAUCAUCCAAUGCAUAUCGAGCAACGCAUCCUUCUCCUUAAAGUCUAUCGUUAAAGCAGUUCCAUCAUCACAACCAUUUUUCUUCCAGCUUUAUGUCAACUCAGAUCAUUCAAAGACUGUCGAGUUGUUAAGGAAUGUCAGUGAUCUUGGUAUCAAGGCCAUCUUUGUCACAGUUGACGCGCCUGUUCCAGGUAAACGAGAGGCCGAUGAGAGAGCAGCACAAGAGCAAACAGUCAGGUCAGCGAUCAGUGGCGGCGAAAGCAAUAAGGAUAAGAAGGGAAGCGGAUUCGGCCGUCUUAUGGCUCAGUAUAUUGACAAGUCCCUUUCGUGGGAUGACUUGGGAUGGAUUCGUGAAGCGAGUGGAGGCUUACCAAUUGUCCUCAAGGGUGUUCAGACGGCAGAAGAUGUCGUUCAGGCCGCUGAAUAUGGAGUAGAAGGUAUCCUUCUAAGUAACCACGGCGGGAGAUCACUUGACGGCGCCCAAGCGAGUAUCCUGGUCUUGCUCGAGUUGAGGAAGAAUUGUCCCGAGGUGUUCGACAAGCUCGAAAUCUAUAUCGACGGGGGUUUCGAGCGAGGUUCCGAUAUUCUCAAGGCUAUCUGCCUUGGAGCUACUGCUGUCGGAAUCGGACGUCCGUUCUUAUACUCUCUUGUUCACGGCCAAGACGGCGCUGAACAUCUGUGUCAAAUUCUGAAAGAUGAGCUCGAGACUUCGAUGCGUCUUUGCGGUAUCACUUCGUUGAGUCAGGCCAAGCCUAGCUUGAUCAAUUCACUGGAUGUGGAUCAUUUGGUGCUUUGA